CCGCCUGUCUGGCCCCUUUCCAUAUAAAUUAACUGAACCGUUUGGACGAAGGAAAGGAGAGGGAGAAAGGAACGCGGAAAUAUGUUCUUCUUCUUUGUGGGAGGAGUAGAGCAACAAGUGCGGCAGGUGCUGACAUAUGGCGCCGGAAAGUGCAUAGCUUGCCGCUCACCGGCCGAUCUGGUGGAGUACGAGAAAGUCCUGAAGCUGUUCUUUGUUCCCGUCUGGCGGUGGCGUGGGAAAGAGCCCCUCAUGCACUGCAACAAUUGCAACCUUUUCUUCCCUCCCUCCUACUCCCUGCCGCCGCCGCCAUCAGAUUCGGCCGUCCCCGACGUCUUGAGGUGCCGGUUCUGUAAAAGGCCGGUGGAGCCCGAGUUCAGUUUUUGCCCCUUUUGUGGAUCUGCUCUGUGAGCAUCCUCUUUUAUUUUGUUCGUUCGUUACCAAUGGCUUCCUGUGAAACAGAUGUGGGUAGAUCUGACGAUGAGAGCUUAGAGCGUUUAGGGUUUUGAUGGGAGUUGUAAAUUUGUAUAAUGGAUUGUAGAAAAUGUCAUCCUUUUAGGAUGUGUUCAAAAUUAAUAAAAUUGGGUUCUGUUUAA